CAUCCUUUCCCCCCUCCCAGCCCCGUGCUCGGGGCUGGAGCGCGAGCUCGCCCCUCCUCCGUGCCCGCCUCCCCCGCCGCCGCCUCCUCUAAUGAGCAUCUCUGCCUUGCUUUCAAUGGGCCGCUGCUGCUGUCGCUGCUGCUGUCCGCGCGGGUUGUGGAUGUUGUCGGCUCCGUGUUGUGAUGACAGGAGAAUGUGUGUGUGUCCCGGGCCCAGACGAAUUGGAAUCCCCGUCAGAAGCUCCAGCCUGCCGCUGUUCUCUGAUGCAAUGCCAGCACCAACUCAACUCUUUUUCCCUCUGAUCCGGAACUGUGAGCUGAGCAGAGUCUAUGGCACCGCGUGCUACUGCCACCACAAGCACCUCUGCUGUCCGUCGCCCUACGUCCCCCAGAGUCGCCUGCGAUAUGCACCCCACCCGGCCUACGCCACCUUCUGCAGGCCGAAGGAGAGCUGGUGGCAGUACACCCAGGGAAGGAGAUACGCCUCCACGCCGCAGAGGUUUUACCUCACGCCUCCGCAGGUCAACAGCAUCCUGAAAGCCAAUGAAUACAGCUUCAAAGUGCCAGAAUUCGAUGGCAAAAACGUCAGUUCCGUCCUUGGAUUUGACAGCAAUCAGCUGCCUGCAAAUGCACCCAUCGAGGACCGGAGAAGCGCAGCUACUUGCCUGCAGACCAGAGGGAUGCUUUUGGGGGUUUUUGACGGCCACGCUGGCUGUGCUUGCUCCCAGGCGGUCAGCGAGAGACUCUUCUAUUACAUUGCCGUCUCCUUGUUACCCCAUGAGACUUUGCUGGAGAUUGAAAAUGCGGUCGAGAGUGGCCGGGCACUGCUGCCCAUUCUCCAGUGGCACAAGCACCCCAAUGAUUACUUCAGCAAGGAGGCGUCCAAAUUGUACUUCAACAGCUUAAGGACUUACUGGCAAGAGCUUAUAGACCUCAACACCGGCGAGUCCACUGAUAUUGAUGUGAAGGAGGCUUUAAUCAAUGCUUUCAAGAGGCUUGACAACGACAUCUCUUUGGAGGCUCAAGUCGGUGAUCCCAAUUCUUUCCUCAAUUACCUGGUGCUCCGAGUGGCAUUCUCAGGGGCCACUGCUUGCGUGGCCCAUGUGGAUGGUGUUGACCUUCACGUGGCCAACACCGGUGAUAGCAGAGCCAUGCUGGGUGUGCAGGAAGAGGACGGCUCUUGGUCAGCAGUCACUCUCUCUAAUGACCACAAUGCUCAGAAUGAAAGAGAACUGGAACGGCUGAAACUGGAACACCCGAAGAACGAGGCCAAGAGUGUGGUGAAACAGGAUCGGCUGCUUGGCUUGCUGAUGCCCUUUAGGGCUUUUGGAGACGUAAAGUUCAAAUGGAGCAUUGACUUGCAAAAGAGAGUGAUAGAAUCUGGCCCCGAUCAGUUGAAUGACAAUGAAUAUACCAAGUUUAUCCCUCCUAAUUACUACACACCUCCUUAUCUCACUGCUGAGCCAGAGGUGACUUACCACCGGUUAAGGCCACAGGAUAAGUUUCUGGUGUUGGCUACUGAUGGGUUGUGGGAGACAAUGCAUAGGCAGGAUGUGGUUAGGAUUGUGGGCGAGUACCUGACGGGCAUGCAUCACCAACAGCCGAUAGCUGUUGGAGGCUACAAGGUGACUCUAGGACAGAUGCAUGGCCUUUUAACAGAGAGGAGAGCCAAGAUGUCCUCGGUAUUCGAGGAUCAGAAUGCGGCAACCCACCUCAUUCGUCACGCCGUGGGCAACAACGAGUUUGGAACUGUAGAUCAUGAACGCCUCUCCAAAAUGCUGAGCCUUCCUGAGGAGCUUGCUCGGAUGUACAGAGACGACAUAACGAUCAUUGUGGUUCAGUUCAAUUCUCACGUUGUCGGGGCAUAUCAAAACCAGGAAUAGCGGGUGCAUCCUACCCUGUAAGUUCUCAAAUGAAAUAGAUUUAAAAGGCAGAUAAAUUUGUAAGAGCUACUAAUAUAAUAAAGGUUUCCAGUGCGUCACUAAACAUUUA